AUGGAUUUGCGGAACAAUCUAUUCGGCAAGGCCGGUCGUGGCGGUUUGCCCGGUCGCCCCGGCAGCGGCGCCGGCGGCGGCGCUCCUCCCCCCAACUAUGACCACCCACGCGGCUACGGCGGCGCACCUCCUCAGUCCGCUGGCUAUCAGGGUGGCGGUGGCCAGCCACAGUACGGCCAGGGCGGCGGCGGCGGUUAUGGGUCACCCCCGCCCAACUACGGUGGAGGUGGUGGUGGCGGCCGCUCAGUCCGCUUACGCCUCGCCAAGGUCGACGACAAGACCUUACAGCAGAUGUACAUCUUCACCAAUAUCUGCGCCGUCUCGCCGCGCGAUUUUCCGCCCUCCCGCGAUGGUUCCGACCUCUACCUGCGCCUCACUGGCAGCAUGAUUGAUGGAGACUAUGUUGUCACGGUGCGGCCGACGCCCGGCUUUCCUGACGGCUGCAUCUCUCUUUCGGACCCUCAGCGCACAUGGCUGCGUGUCGGCAUGAUGGACGAGCUUGUCGCCGAGAUCUACAAUCCCUUCUCCAGCAGCACGGGUGGCCAGAGCUACCUGGGCUCCAUGGACGUCGAGGUCGGUUUCGCGUCCACCAAGAAGGUCACCGACAUCACCUACGACCAGGAUGCGCUUGCCCAGCAGAUGGUCCAGACCUUUGCCAAUCACAUCUUCGCACCCGGCCAGCGUUUGCUGAUUGACGUGCGCAACACGCCGCUGUCGCUCGUUGUCAAGACUGUGCAGCUGGCUGACCUGAGCAUGGAGAAGGCUGGCGCCGCAGGAAGCGAAGGCGCCGUGCGUACAGACCCGGCCGCGCGCGGUAUCAUGGUGCCGCAGACCAACAUUGCCUUUUACAAGAACGCGGGCUCGCCGAUGAAACUGUCCGGCUCGACGAAGCGCGCCGCCGCCAACUCGAUUAUUGCGCCCGACUUCAAGUUUGAGGACAUGGGCAUCGGCGGUCUCGACAACGAGUUCUCGACCAUUUUCCGUCGUGCUUUUGCGUCGCGCAUUUUCCCGCCAGGCCUGAUUGAAAAGCUGGGCGUGCUGCACGUCAAGGGUAUUUUGCUCUACGGCCCACCCGGUACCGGUAAAACGCUUAUUGCUAGACAAAUCGGCAAGAUGCUCAAUGCAAGAGAACCCAAGGUCAUCAAUGGCCCGGAAGUGCUCAACAAAUACGUCGGCCAGAGUGAAGAGAACAUCCGGAAGCUCUUUGCCGAUGCCGAGAAGGAGUACAAGGAGAAGGGCGACGAGUCGCAGCUGCAUGUCAUCAUCUUCGACGAGUUGGAUGCAGUAUGCAAGCAGAGAGGCUCCGGAGCCGGUGGCGGAACCGGAGUUGGCGACAGUGUUGUCAACCAGCUUCUGAGUAAGCUCGAUGGUGUCGACCAGCUCAACAACAUUUUGUUGGUCGGCAUGACCAACCGUAAGGACAUGAUUGAUGAUGCCCUGCUGCGUCCUGGUCGUCUUGAAGUCCAAAUUGAAAUCUCGCUGCCUGACGAGCAAGGCCGUGUGCAAAUUCUCAAGAUCCAUACUGCGAAGAUGCUGCAAAACAACAUCCUAGAUCGCGAUGUCGACGUCGGCAGGCUGGCCGCACGUACCAAGAACUUCAGCGGUGCCGAGCUGUCGGGUCUCGUGAAGAGUGCCACAUCGUUUGCCUUCAACCGCCACAUCAAAGUGGACACCAUGGCCGGCAUCAGCGACGACGUUUCGCAGAUGAAGGUCAACAUGAGCGACUUUGAGAACGCGCUGACGGAAGUCAAGGCCGCGUUUGGUGUCUCGGACGAGGAGCUCGAGCAGGCACUGACCUACGGCAUCCUUGAUUACUCGGUCAACAUCCAGAGCAUCGUCAAGGAAUGCAUGGUCUACGCCAACAACGUUCGCCAGCUCGACCGUCUACGGACACUGUCGGUGCUUCUGUACGGUCCGGCCGGCAGCGGCAAGACGGCACUGGCGACUCAUGUCGCCAUCAAGAGUGCUUUUCCCUUUAUCAAAGCCAUUACACCCGAGAACCUCGUCGGCUACUUCAACGAGGCCGGCAAGAAGGACUACCUGCACAAGGUCUUUACGGACGCCUACAAAUCGCCGCUUAGUCUGCUGAUUCUCGACAACAUUGAGCGCCUUAUCGAGUGGAACCCGGUUGGCCCGAGGAUGUCCAACAUCAUGAUCGACAUGACGGAGUCCUUUGACCGCCAGAUCGCCGUCCCCGCCGUUGCCGAUGUGCGCGAGCUCGCGACUGCUCUCCAGCAGUUUGGCGCCUUCCCAGACCCGGCCGACAUCAACCAGGCCAUCAACACUGUGCGCCAGUUCAACGGCGGUAGCGACCAGGUCGGCGUCGGCAUCAAGACGGUGCUGACCAUGGCCGAGUCGGCCGCCAUGGUUGACGACUCGGCCUCGUGGUUUGCUGAGCAGAUUAGCCGAUCCAUUGCCGCCAACAGCCCGGAGCUGUAA